GACCUUAUAUCUGUCUGGAUGGAAACAGUAGCAUUCUUUGUGUUCAGCAUGUCUGACUUUGUUUCAAAGAUUCCCUUCCCAACCUUAUAGGAGGUUGAUUUGUUUUAUAAUGGAACCAAGUUUAAGACUUCCUGAAUUCGUAUCUCACCUCUCUUGACUAUUGUUGCUCUCCUUUUAAGAAAGUGUUAAAAGCACCCAAAGGACAUAUUAUUAAAUAUAUUACUUUUCCCGUAAAUUUUUUCUACUGUAGCUUAAAUUUCUCUAAGGCAAAAAACAUGAUGGCUUCUUGGUAAGCUUAGGAAGGCUUAUCCUUAAUGGAGUUUGGUUUUUAAAAAUAAUGAAUGUACAGUUAUGUAAGUAAAUGUGUUCCCAAGGAAAAGACAAAAUGUAAUAGUUCUUAAUUGUAUGAGAAGGCAAUAUGUUGGGCUUUUUCUGCCUAGGUUUAAGGUUGAUUACAAAUUGGCAUGGAACUGCUUGUAGGAUAGCAACAAUAUACUGUGUUAUGUAAUGUACAUCUAUUCUUUUGGCUUUAAAUCACCAGAUUUGGGUCCAAUAUCAUGAGACUUUUUCAGGAUAGAAAGGUAAUAACCUUAUAGCAUACAAUAACCAAGAUAACAAAUUAAAAAUCUGUUCAUGCCUGAACAUUUUUCUUUCUUUCUUUUUUUUUUCACAUAUGGGAUUAUAGUUUUAACUCAGUUUGGAGUAUUGCAGACAACUCAAUUAUCUACAAGGGCAAAGGAAAUUAGUGCUCCUCAAGGGUACUUUGCAUCCUCAGUUCCUGAGAUAGAACCUAAUGUUCAGCAGUUGUUAAAUAAAUACCAAACAGACGCAUGACUGAAUGAAUAGCACCACAGAUUCACCUUUUUGGAGUUUUGCUGGCCAUUUUAGGAAACUUGGUAAUCAGUAUUUCCCUAAAUAUUCAGAAAUAUUCUCAUGUCCAGUUGGCACACCAGGAACACCCAAGGCCAUACUUCAAGAGUGUGUUGUGGUGGGCUGGGGCCGUGCUCAUGGCCGUUGGGGAGAUGGGCAACUUUGCAGCCUACGGAUUUGCCCCCAUUACUCUCAUCGCUCCGUUAGGCUGUGUGUCUGUUACAGUUCUACAACAGGGAAUGAUAAUUUUGGGUCACUCAGUACCUCCAUACAGUUAGAGUUGAUUGAGCCUGGGAGCACGCUCAAUGUGUCCACAUGUUUGAAGCUUGAUGGUAGUGCCAUUAUUUCUGUUAUGUUUCUGAAAGAAAAUUUAAGAGCUUCAGAUUUACUAGGUAUGACACUGGGAUUUGCAGGAACCUAUUUAUUGGUGAACUUUGCUCCAAAUAGAACUCAGUCUAUCUCUGCAAGAACAGUACAGUAUUACUUUGUUGGCUGGCAGUUCCUGAUCUAUGUGAUUUUCGAAAUAUUAAUUUUCUGCACCCUCCUCUAUUUCCAUAAAAGAAAAGCAAUGAAGCACAUGGUGAUCCUGCUAAGCCUGGUGGCACUUCUAGCCUCGUUGACUGUCAUUUCAGUAAAAGCAGUCUCAGGCAUGAUCACUUUUUCUGUGACGGAUAAAAUGCAACUAACUUAUCCCAUCUUCUAUAUCAUGUUUAUCGUCAUGAUAGCGUCUUGUGUUUUCCAAGUCAAGUUCCUGAAUCAUGCCACGAAGCUCUACAACACAGCGGUGGUGGUGCCCAUUAACCAUGUUUUCUUCACGACCAGCGCCAUUAUCGCAGGGAAACAAACACUGGACAAAAUACAACCAGAUUCAAAUGGCUUAUCCUAUGGAACUUUGCCUGAUGGAAGUGACUCAACGAAGAGCCAAAGUGGAGAGAAGAAAGAGGUCUAAAAUGCCGAGAGGGAUGGCUUCUGGCCUGUUAUUCGAUAUCACUUUUGAAAAAAAACUGCACAUGUUCCAUUUGUGUCCACAGCUUUUCUGUGCUGACAUGUGCUAGCUAGCAUUACCGGUCCUUCGCCGUGUCUCCGUUUGUGCGGACAGCGGGGCCUUCCUAAGCCUUGACAGCCUCAUGUCUUCAUGGAAUGUAAUUUGAAGUGUUCCCCACACCCUGGACUUGCCCCUGGUGAACUUCUAACUGGCUAGAUCUUAAUUAGGGCCUGGCUACUCAAGCAGGACUGUCACACAAAAAUGUGCGUUCACGAUUUGGCUACAGAGCACAUAGGCUGCUCUUCCCACUCGACUUAGAGCGUCAGCUGCUUUGCUUUAAAGAGACAUGUUAAUCCCACAACCUCAUUCUGGUACCAAAGGUUUGAGAACAUUCAUUUCUCCUACGACAUCUUUUAUGAGCCUCCCCCAUAAAGAUCUCACCUUUCUACUCCUAAGUUAGAAUGGUGAAUCAUCUUUCCUGAAAAUGAGCCCUAUUAUAACCAUCCUUUUAUCUUUAAAAUUAGAGUUUGUAAGUGGCAUUCUGUGUUGGUGUGUACCUUGGCUGGCGAACUUUUUCAGAUUAAGAAAGGAACCACCUCAGAAUUAGGACCAAUUUUUCAAAAAACAUAGAAUGAUGAACAUUUUCUUCAGCUGUAUGAUCCUAUUAUACUUGAGUUGAAAUUGAAAACUUCAUAUCCUAUGCCUGUAUUUGUUUAGUUCUUAUGACUUAUCUACUGGGUAUAUUUUAACUCCUGACACAAGGAUCAAAACUCAUAUUUAAGUUCUUAGUGUUACCUUCACUAGCAUACCAUGUCUUCCCCAAGUUAUUAUCUCGAGCUUUAUAAAUUCUUCUAGGCAAAAGGACAGCUAUGAUUAGAGACCUGGAUUUUAGCCAUUGAAGUCUGUAGACAUAGCCAGGUGGCCCAAGCUGAGACCAGAGAGGAAGGCCAUGUGCUGCUGUACCCUGCCUGGCUCCACUGCUGUGACUAGUCAGAUACCUACUAAGAUAUAUUUGUAGGGAGAGUCCAUAAUCAUAUCUGUUAUUUAUGAACUACUAAUAUAUUUAAAUGAGAAGAAAAAAGCUAGCCUUCACUGUAACCAAAAUCAAGUAAUAAGCCCUAUCCCUAAUGACAUUUCAAAACCUUCAGAUCACGUCUGACAUGCCAGUCCAAAAUUGUUCAGGCCAGUUGUCUGGCAUUUGUAAAGGCUGUUUAUCCCGGAGCUCUUGAGACUGUCGUCUGAACUGCGUUGGGUCUUUCAGCCUCGUUCCUUGUCGAAACCUAUGCUCCUGACCAAACCUGGCCACAAAGGCAAGAUCCGAAUCUAUCACCCACGUAUGAAUAAUAGCCUAGAGCCCAUGUCUGGCUUUUGAACUCCUGGUAAGAAUUCCUGCUAUUGUGGAAAGUAUCCCCCUAAUUCAAAUAAAACAGUCCUAUAAUUUAUGGCAUGUUUUACUGAAUCGGUCCAACAUGUUGGCACUUGAAGGCUCAGCUAAGAAAUGUGUCUGGUGUCUUAAACUACAGAUUUCUGAUGACUCUUAAAACUGGUUUCAAAGAUUGCGAAAAUAUUUAGACUAAAGAGUUGUACUUGAAGUGGGACUCCAUUUAUAGCUACAGCACGUGGUUUUGAGCACUGCAGAAUUUUGCACAGACACAAGCAUGAUGCCAAUACUUUAGUAGUUGCCAACAUUCGCAUCUUUUAAAAAUUUUGUGAAAUGACAUUGACUUAUGCACAUUUGAGCAAUCCAGCAACGCUUUAGAAGUCCAGGCAACGUACAAAAUAUAUCGAGACCUAAUUUUACUUUCCACGUUGCUUCUUCAAAGCCAGGUGAAUAGGAGUUUUAGUUGUACUGGCUCAUAAGAUUUUUUAAAUUACAAAGUGCAUGACAACAACCAAAGCCAACCCAGUCCUUCUCUUGGCAUUGUGAAUUGGGGACCUUUAGCCAAUACUUGACUCAUUUGACUGUUUGUCUAGACGAGGGGCCUGCAAAAUUUUCCUGUAAAGACGCACAGAGUAAAUAUUUUUGGGUCUGUUGGCCAAUGUUGCUUGUCGCAGCCACUCAGCUCAGCCAUGAUAGCAUGAAAGCAAUCAUAGAUGAUACGUAAUGAAUGAGCACGGCUGUAUGCCAGUAAAACUUUAUUUACAAAACAGGUGGUCAGCCCUAGGCCUGUAGUUUGCCAAGCCCUAAUCCAGACUCCCUCGCCCUUGCUAUGCAGUGUCUUUCUUGUUCCUUGGACAUUCAGGAGUUGAAAAAGUGGCACUUCAUGGUCCAUGACAAACUAGGAUGCUAUGGCAUGGUGGAGCCAUGUCUUGAAAUUUACAUUAGGCUCUUGUUGCUUAUAUAAGAUACAGAUGGAAGCGGUGAGUUCAUUAUGGGUGCCCAAGUUUCUCUUGAAAGCAGUGGUGCUUUUGUGAGCACCACUACCUGAACUGGAAGAGCCUUUCCAGUCCCAUAGUCCAAGUUGAUAAUAGCCUCAGAAGUGAGUACGAGCUACCUUUCGUCAAAGCAGAGGACUUUACCAUCUGAUUGUUUUCACUUUAAGUGUUUGCUUAGUCUAUAACCGUAAUACUUUCACUACCAGAAUCACUUGGGGAAAAAAUACAAUAAAAACUUCUCAAGCAGUGA